AACUGCUAUGUUAUUGCUUGUAGAAUGUUGAGAACUUUAAGAAAAGUUAAUAUUAUCAAUCAUUGUUUGAUUAGCCGCUUCAUGAUCUACUAAAAGUAACUCAGCGAUAAUGUGCAAUAUUUAACAUGUUUAAAUUGGACUUGUUGUGAGGGAGGCUGCUAAGAUUAACGAAGCUAAGGUGGUAAAAAAAAAGUACCUCAGCUUGGCUUGGCACAUCACUCUUGACGUUUGUUGACUUUUACCUCUACUUUGUCUGCUGCUGCUGCUGUCUGACAACGAACUGACACUCGAUUAUUCUCAUGGAUGAGCACAUGCUAGACGAUAGUGGCUUUCCGUCAGAAAAUGAAGCGGAGAAUAAGUACUUCAAGAAGUAUGCUGCCAUUCUACGUAGAUGUAAAAGCAUACAGAAGGAAAAUGAAAUGUUAGUUCACCGAGUGUAUCAAGUUAAGAAAAUUGUCCGGCGUUUGAGGAAAGAACGAAAGUUUUUAAUGGAUGAACUUGACAAAAAGGGCGACAAUUUUAGAAGUCUUCCAUUAACAAUAGCUAUUGAAGAGGAAGACAAAUCAUUUGCUUUACCACAGACUUCAAGUCUACCUGCUCUAGGAAGACCCCGCAGUAGUGGUUCAUCUGCUUCAAGUAAAAGACAGGUAAAAAUUAUUGUUAUCCAUGUAGACAAAAUUAACUACUGUUAAUAGAAAUUUUCAUUUGUUCUUACAAGAAUACAAACUUUGCCAUGUAUAUAUAGGAUUACCCUCUGCAUAAACUGGGCCUGAUUGCUGAAGCAUGGUAACAUGGUAAUUAACUAGUUGCUGCAGUUGAGUGAGGAGCGGAGGAAUCUAGCCCAAUACGAUUA